GCUCACGAAGAGAGACCCGAGCGAUGGCCGCGAAAAGCGUCGAACGAGCACCACGAAGAGCGGAGGUCUGACCAAGCGCAAAGUAGGCUGGUGACCUUGGGUCAGAGGCCAACAGCGACCGAAGCGGCGGUGACCGAAUUUUGGAGGGUUUUGGAGCCCAUGGCCCAGAAGCCAGAAGGUUAGUUUCAACUUGAUCAGAAGGAGAACAAUUGCCUGAAGCCAUUCAGGGGCUCUCUGCACGUGACACUCACAAAAGCAGGUACAAGCGAGACUCUACCUCUGUCAAUCGAUUCGAAUCGGAUAAUUAGAUGAUGUCGAGCAUGUUGGAAAGGCUAGGUCCAGGUCCCGCACAUAGAUUAGAAAUGACAUGAAAUGACUCUGUUUGCAUGUUUGGAAGAUCUUCGGGGUUUCAGCUUUAUCAUUUCUGCAUUUACUGUAUAUACCUGAAGUGGAAGGAGAUGCUGAUGCGGCUUGAAGCAGAUUCCUCCAGCUUCCAAUCAAGUCCCACAGUCCACUGCAUGGCUUACCAGUUCAGAGAGGUGUGGACAGCGGAGUCCAUUGAGAAUCACCAGCCAGGCGAAAAGAAGGCCAAAGCAAAGAAGAAGGAGAAGAAAGAAAAGAAAGAAAAAGCACUGGCGCUCGAGGAUAAGAAGAGAAAGAAAGGCUCCUCCGACAGCGAUGCGCCCAAGGUGCCCAAGGACAAGAAAAGGAGCCCGAGCCGCAAGAAAGGUUCGAGGAGCCCUAGCCUCACCAUGAUGCUCCCAGCGGAGGCACCGGCGCAGGUGUCGAACCCCGAGGCAGCCAUGAAGGCUUUGCUCCCACCUUCAUCGCGCCCUGCACCACCCAAGGCCUUGCCUGCAGCCAAAGUGCCUGCGGGCACCGUCGAGGAUUUGGAUCUCGACGACGACGAGGUCGUGGCGUGUGAAGCCCCGCCCAAAGUGGCGGAGGCUGCCGUGGCGGUGCGCGCAGGCACCGCGGAAGCUGCGCCCAAACGGAGACGGGCGGUGGAGAUCCAGGUGGUCGAAAUUGAAGAUGGCAAAGACGAGGAAGCCAAGGACCGACGGCGGAGGGCGAGAAAGGAGAAGGAAGCGAAGGAGAAAGAGGCAAAGGAGAGUGAGGCUAAGGAGAAGGACCUGAAAGAGGCAGAAGCAAAGGAGAAGGAGGUGAAGGAAAAGGAACUCAAAGAGAAGGAGGCGAAGGAGAAGGAGGCAAAGGAGAAGGAACUGAAGGAGAAGGAGCUGAGCGAGAAAGAAACAAAGGAGAAAGAAGGCAAAGAAAAGGUGCCUACGGACAUGUCCGUCCAGGCAAAGCCAAAGAACACGGCCCAGGCGGGUGUGGCGGCUGCCGCCGCGCUGGGCUUCGAUGUGCUGCCCAAGCAGUCAAGCUUCGUGCCACCGACGGCGCCAGCCUUGGGCCUGCGGCCCUCCAUCAACGCGCCGAUUCCCUUGCCAGCCAAUUCCAAUCCAACGCAGAGCCGUGUUUGCGUGCAGUAUCUCUGCUGGGCGCGCUGUGACCGCGGCAGCAAUUGCCCGGAGGCGCACAUCAUGGACCCCGAGGAGGAGAUGCGCGUUCGGGCCAAGUUCAAGUUGCAAGAGUGCAACCAGGGCGCCAGCUGUACUCGCACCAGCUGUUUGUUCAGACAUCCGGGCGAGCGUGUGGAAGAGGCCAGUUUGGGUGCCAAGGCCUUCUGACUUGUUGCGCCUGAAAGCGA